AUGUCCGCCACCCUUCUCAUCAAGCUUCCGGCAAGAAGAUCCCAACUCAGCCGUGCUGCCAGUGUCAUCAUGCCCCCAACAGUCCAGUUCAACCCCUCCGCCACCUCAUGGCGCUCUUCACCCCCCACAGACCUGGGCAGCACCACCUCCCAAACGAUCCAAACCUUUCACUCCCUCCUCCCCUCCUACAGCCCCACACCCCUCCAGCCCCUUCCCUCCAUCGCCCAAGACCUAGGUAUCAAAGCCGUCUACCUCAAAAGCGAAGCCUCCCGGCUCGGGCUCCCUUCGUUCAAAAUACUAGGUGCCUCAUGGGCUGUUUACCGCGCCGUACUUGACUUCCUUGCCGUUGGGCUGGUUCCCAGCCAGGCACUCCCCUCUCUGGAUGACAUUAAGAAAGUGAUCCACGACAAGGGUUUGGAAGAGUUAAAGGUAAUCACCGCCACAGCAGGCAACUGGGGACGGGCGGUGGCCAAGACGGCGGGGUAUCUCGGUUUGAAGACCGUGGUUUUCGGGAGUGAUCAUAUGCAUCCUACCACAAGAGAACUGAUACGCAACGAGGGGCUAGGGGCCGAGGUUAGGGUGGUGAAAGGGGGGUAUGUUGAUGCUGCGAACGAGGCGAGGGAGUAUGGGAUGGAAGAGGGGAGGGAAAAAGAGAGGUUGUUGGUUAUGGAUAUGGGUUUUGAGGGAGGGGAGAAAGUUCCUGGGGGAUACAGCACUAUGCUUACGGAGUACGAGACUCAGAUUCGGGAACAAACUGAUGGUCAACGGGGUGCGACACAUGCUUUUGUUCCUUGCGGUUGUGGAUCUAUCGCGAGUGCUGUCACGCAGUUUUUUAGGGACGCCAAAAGGGAGGAUGAUGUGAAAGUUGUGGUUGUCGAGCCGGAUUCUGCGGCUUGUUUGUUGGCUUCACUUGAAAGGGGAGAGGAUAGUACGGUUGAGACGGGGGAUGAGACGAUUAUGUGUGGGAUGAACUGUGGGACACUGUCAGGGAGCGCUUGGGAGGUUUUGGGGAAAGGUGUGGAGGCGGGUGUAGCUGUGACUGAUAAAGAGGCUCAUCGGGCUGUGGUGGAUCUUGAGAAUGAGGGGGUUGAAGCUGGGCCUUGCGGUGCGGCUACGUUGGCCGGGUUGAGGAGAGUCUGCGCGGAUGUUUCGGCGAGGGAGAAGUUGGGGUUGGGUGCGGAGGCGGUGGUAGUGUUGUUCUGUACGGAGGGGAAGAGGGAAUAUGAGGUGCCAGUGUAA